AUGAUCUUCAGAGAGUUGGAAUCCAACAACAUGGGACUUGUUCCGUUGGGACUAGAGGGAUGCCAUCCCGCACCUUUCCCACUCUGCAUCCAUGUUUCAUCGCAACCGCUACAGGCGCAAUUUAUUCGGUUUUACGGCGCAUCUUCUUCCACGGAGCCAUCUUGGGAUUACCGCCUUUUAAUCAUCACCGACCAUUUUCGAUUCUUCAGCGACCUAAUACCCUUGCGACUUGGGGCUUCCAUCCGGCGUUAUCUAGCGAGUCUCACCAUCGCACAGCCCUGCUCACCUCCUUGCGUCACACGUUCAGCGACAUUCCCUUACGGCAAAAAGUUCUUCUUCAUUCGGCGUUCACUAUAG